AGAAAUCCGACGAGAGUACCGGGUCCUAUUGAGAGUGCUAUGCAAGCCAAGCUCAUGGAAGCUCUUCACCCGACGUUGAUAAGAAUACAAAACGACUCUUCUCAACAUUCUCACCAUUCUGCUAUGCGUGCGAUGGGAGGAGGAUCAGGCGAGACGCACUUUGCGGUACAUAUAGUCUCAUCCGAGUUCAAAGGAUUACCUCAAAUAACAAGACACAGGUUGGUCAAUUCUUUGUUGAAAGAAGAGUUUGAAAAUGGGUUACAUGCGUUGAGUUUGAGGUUGAAGACGCCUGAAGAGUGGAAGGUUGAAUUGGGGCCAGAGUGA